GAAAAACCUCCGACAUAAAACCCUUUGAGAAGGAUUCAACUUCAACCCCACAGGCUACAGUGAGCUCCCUUUCGUUUUCACUUAAUUUCAGACUUGCCUUCACUUGAACGCAUCUUGAUUUUCUUAAUUCAGUUGCUCGGCAACUUCCCCGUCAUCUUUCGGCUACGGGUCUCUCCAGAAUUUCACGGUAAUAUCCAAUGAAGUAGUUGUUUGGUUUUAAGCCUUCCGAGUGAUGCCGGCGGCCAUGGCUGCUCAACUGCGUAAGGUCUACGUCGCCGUCAGCGACGAUCUUCAAGAGGGGUUUGCGACCCUCGAAUGGGCACUCAAGAAGUGGCCUUCUCAUCCAGUAUCCAUAGUUAUUCUCCAUAACAUUUCCAAGAAUUUCGUCUACACCCCCUUUGGGAAGCUCCCCGCAAGCUCUGUGAGUGAUGAACAGGAGAAGACUGAGAAGCUAAUUUCCCAGUAUAUAACUUUCUGUGGGGAGGUAAGAACUGAAAUUCUUAAAGUGGAGACGCAUGAUGAGCCCAUUCAUAAGCGCAUCAUUGAUUUGAUCUCUGAGGUUGGAAUAACCAAACUGGCCAUGAGUAUAAAUUUCAUGAGGGCUUCAUCAUGGAAAUCAAAGAGCGAGACGAACAGAUCAUUUUAUGUUCAUCGACAUAGACCGAACUUCUGCGAAUUAUAUAUAGUAAGUGCGGGAAAAUUGGUAUUCCAAGGGGAAGACAAUGAUGAAGGAUUCAUGAAAGAUGAUGAUGAACUCAUGGUUGCAAAAAUGAAAGAAAAGAACAAAGGAUGUCCUAUAAGAAUGUUCACUGAAGACCCAACGAAUUGCUUCGCUCACGAAAGAAAUCCCCAUGGUUCAUCCACUUCGUCUAAUUCACCUUGUUCGACGAAUCAAUGGGGAAACCACAUCCAAGAAAUUGAGAACUACUAUGAGCAAUUGUUGUCUUCAGAUCUGGAUGAACAAUAUUGCGAGGAGUAUGAUACUUUGCAGAGUAAUCCAAGGGAGGCUGACGAGCCAGAGAAUACUGAUUCUAGAGUGAGUGUUGCAGAAAAAAUUGAAGGUUUGAGAAUCAAAAUAAGCAAAGCUUAUGAGACAAUCCAAUUGAAUAGAAAAGAAGCUAAGGACAAUGCUGAAAGACGAGCAAAAGCAGAAUGGGCCAUUUCUUUGUGCAAUUACCUGGCUGAGGAUCUUGAUGCUCAUAUAAACAAUGAGAUAACCAUCCGAAUGGGUCUAGAGAAAGAAUUAGACAUCACCAAAGAACAAUUCUAUGAAGUGCUAAGUGAUGUAAAAGAAAACAAGACUAGACUAAAUCCACUGCUAGAACUACAGUCUGAGCUUUCCAGGAAGCUCCAACUGUCCUCUCUAACAAAAGCAAGUGUAGAAGCACAGCUAGAGAAGGCAGCAGUUGCAAGAGCGGAGAUGGUGAGAGACAUUGAGAAGUUGCGACAACAAAGAGACAUCCUUCACCGAAGGAUUGAGUUCUGCAAAGAAAAGGAUGCCAUUGGAAUGGCUACGAGGUUUGGCGAUUUGAGCUGCAGCUAUAGAGAGUACAGGGCAGAAGAGAUUAGAUUGGCCACAGAUAAUUUCUCUGAGCGUCUACGAUUAGAAUUGGGAGAUGAUGGGACAAGCAUGUAUAGGGGACGUAUUAACCAUACUACAGUGGCAAUCAAGUUGCUAGAUUCAGUUCAUGGGUUGUCUCAUGAAGUUUUCCUAGCUAAGGUGAAGCUCCUCAGCCACAUCAAACACCCACAUCUGGUUGCCAUGAUGGGCUACUGCUCCAACCCAAGAUGCAUCGUAGUUGAAUACAUGCACAAUGGCAGCUUACAUGACACUUUAUUCUCCUCCCAUGGGAACUCCAGACAAAGAAGAAACCAGCCUUUCCACUGGCAUCACCGCAUCCGUGUUGCAGCCGAGGUUUGCUCAGGCCUGAGCUUCCUUCACCAGGCCGAGCCCAGGCCCAUUGUUCAUGGAAAUCUCAGCCCAUCAACCAUCCUCCUCAAUCGCAAUCUCAGUGCAAAGAUCAAUGGUUUCAUGGCUGCUCGAUGCUAUGACAAGCACGACAUGCAAUUGGACGUGCAUGCUUUCGGGGUUCUAGUGCUGCAGCUUCUGACGGGAAGAAAUUGGGCUGAGCUUAUUGAAGAAGCAUUCGACAGGGCAGCCAUAAUUGAGGAUUUGGAUGUAAUGGCUGGAGACUGGCCGCCUGAACUGGCUGAGGAACUUGUAGAAAUUGCAAUGAGGUGUUUGUCUGUUGGCCAUGUCCCAAACACAGACUUCAGGAUUAACAUAGCAAUGGAAGAGAUGGAAGUGGUGACAAGAAAGGCUGCAAAUCUAGCUGCAGGAGGAGGUGCAAGUAUGGAGGACUCAAGUACUAUACCUAGUGUUUUCAUCUGCCCAAUACUCCAAGAAGUAAUGAGGAACCCGCAUGUGGCGGCUGAUGGAUUUUCUUACGAGCUAGAGGCCAUACAGGAGUGGUUGGUGAAGGGGAACAAGACGUCUCCAAUGACAAACUUAAAGCUAAAGCACACCCAUCUCACCCCUAAUCACACCCUUCGUUCCCUAAUUCAGAACUGGCUUAACAAAAGAUCUCCAUACUCGGAGUAGUUCUGUUCAUUUUUUUUUAUAUUAUGGAGGAUACAGGUUCAUUUUUAUGUAUAACUAUAGUGAGCUGGUGGAUCAUAGUUCAGUUCAAGACAACGAGAUCAGGGCCGAGCGUACAGCAUGCAGGUUCAAGCGCAUGAAGAUCCCCAAGCCCAUUUGUUUCCUGGUCUGCCAGUAAUGUUCAACAAUGCACCUAUUGAAUGACAGAUUAAAUAAAGCGUUCAAUUUUCUGUCUCC